AUGAAUCCAGAAGAUGGCGAUGACAGGUCAUCGUCAACACCGAAUGGCACAUCCAAGCAGUCCGCCCAAGACAAAGACAAGCCUCGUCUAACCGACCAAGAAAAGAAGAGCAACCAUAUCGCCUCGGAGCAAAAGCGACGCGCAGCAAUUCGCGAGGGCUUCGAUCGCCUCACAGAGCUGGUCCCUGGUCUGGAGGGCCAGGGCCGAAGCGAGAGCAUUGUUCUACAGAAGACAGUGGACUUCAUUCAUGUCAAGCUCCAAGAGCGCCAUGAUCUCAUUGCCGAAAUCGAGAGCAAAGGCGGUCAUGUAGAUGAUUCUUUCCGUCCAUCAUGA